CGAAACUGUUAAUGUCAAACACAAUGUAGACGUCUCGAAAAUGAAAGUUGUGAAGCCGGUUUAAGAUGGAAAGUCCCAUAUUGUAAGAAUAAAUUAAUGUAAAACGGAAAAGCAGAUAUCAUCAACAUAAGGAGACACAUCUUUCUCGAAUCGUUCAAACCACAAGCUAAGUUUUUCCCAAAAAUUGGGGAAAAUGGUCAUUAAAACAUUUCUGUGUUGCUUUAGUAUCUACGAAGGAUCAUGGGUCUGUGGAUUAUGCAGCUUGUUCAUCGGGACGGCAAGAGUUUAUCUUGAGGAGUUUAAUCUAAAGUUUCGCCAGCGGAUGACAUUGGAUACGAGAAACCAGCUGCGUAUCAACUUUAAAACUCUCCAGCUCAUAACAAUCCUUCAGUUGUCAGUGGCAGCGGUGUCCAUUUUAGUGUCACUAUUGAUGAUGUUUGGCCUACUUAAGCGCCUGAAGUGGCUACUGUGUCCCUGGUUGGUGUGGGUCUUGAUUGAGGAGCUUUCCUCCAUCUUUGUGAUCAUUUUUUAUGCGCUUUCCGAUGUCAAGCUGAAAUGUUCCGUCUACAUAUCGGAAGCAAUCACACUUGUCAUCGCUGUGUAUUUCAUGAUGUGUGUUUUCUCCUAUUUCAAAUUUCUGAGACAACAAGACAUCAUCACUGAUCAGUACCACGCAGCAGCCCAGCUCAAUUAUGAACAGAGAGUUGAUGAAGAAAGCCCUGUUCUUAGCAGACCUAUUUAAUGAGGACCAUGAAACACAACAAGUUCAUGUGGAAAAUCAAGAUGACUUUUAUCCAGCCUACAAUUUGUUCAAUUGAUGUGAAUCAAGAUUCAUAAAAUAAAAUAAUACAAUUAUCAAAAAGGUUCAAA